AUGGUCCACGUGCGCGCGAUGCGCAGCCUGACGAUCGUGGCUUUAGCCAUCGUGCUCAUCACUACGACGCAGGCUUUGACUACGGAUACUGCCAAAGCGCAAGCCAAGCGUAACCUCCAGUUGGGCCUCAGCGGCAUCGACACGAAUUUAGGAAGCGUCACGGACCCCGUAACGAAGCCCUUGGACCAACCAAAUCCUUCGCCGACUGACACGCCAGCGGCGGAUGCUCCAUUGACCGUAGACGCUCCGGUUACCUUGCCACUGGAGACACCGGUAGAACCAUCGCACGUGUUGUCUCCUGUGACCAACUUGUUGACUCCAGUUUUGCCCACGAGCGCACCUACGGUGACACCGAACGUGGAUGUACCUCCGCCGUCAUUAGUACCGGAUACACUACCAGCCGUAUCACCGUUACUGUCACCGUCGGCACCCGACGCAACGCCGCCACCGUCACCGUCGGCACCCGACGCAACGCCGCCACCGUCACCGUCAGCACCCGACGCAACGCCGCCACCGUCACCGUCGGCACCCGACGCAACGCCGCCACCGUCACCGUCAGCACCCGACGCAACGCCAUCACUGGUAUCGGACGCACUAGCAGGCCCGACAUCAGUGGUGCCAAACAUUCUAUCACCGUCGUCGUCACCGGCGGCACCGGAGGCACAAUCGCCGUCACUGAUCCCGGGCAUACUACCGGAUUCGCCGUCACAGGUGCCGGACACACCAGCAGGCCCGACAUCAGUGGUGCCAAACAUUCUAUCACCGUCGUCGUCACCGGCGGCACCGGAGGCACAAUCGCCGUCACUGAUCCCGGGCAUACUACCGGAUUCGCCAUCACAGGUGCCAGACACACCAGCAGGCCCGACAUCAGUGGUGCCAAACAUUCUAUCACCGUCGUCGUCACCGGCGGCACCGGAGGCACAAUCGCCGUCACUGAUCCCGGGCAUACUACCGGAUUCGCCAUCACAGGUGCCGGACACACCAGCAGGCCCGACAUCAGUGGUGCCAAACAUUCUAUCACCGUCGUCGUCACCGGCGGCACCGGAGGCACAAUCGCCGUCACUGAUCCCGGGCAUACUACCGGAUUCGCCAUCACAGGUGCCGGACACACCAGCAGGCCCGACAUCAGUGGUGCCAAACAUUCUAUCACCGUCGUCGUCACCGGCGGCACCGGAGGCACAAUCGCCGUCACUGAUCCCGGGCAUACUACCGGAUUCGCCAUCACAGGUGCCAGACACACCAGCAGGCCCGACAUCAGUGGUGCCAAACAUUCUAUCACCGUCGUCGUCACCGGCGGCACCGGAGGCACAAUCGCCGUCACUGAUCCCGGGCAUACUACCGGAUUCGCCAUCACAGGUGCCGGACACACCAGCAGGCCCGACAUCAGUGGUGCCAAACAUUCUAUCACCGUCGUCGUCACCGGCGGCACCGGAGGCACAAUCGCCGUCACUGAUCCCGGGCAUACUACCGGAUUCGCCAUCACAGGUGCCGGACACACCAGCAGGCCCGACAUCAGUGGUGCCAAACAUUCUAUCACCGUCGUCGUCACCGGCGGCACCGGAGGCACAAUCGCCGUCACUGAUCCCGGGCAUACUACCGGAUUCGCCAUCACAGGUGCCGGACACACCAGCAGGCCCGACAUCAGUGGUGCCAAACAUUCUAUCACCGUCGUCGUCACCGGCGGCACCGGAGGCACAAUCGCCGUCACUGAUCCCGGGCAUACUACCGGAUUCGCCAUCACAGGUGCCGGACACACCAGCAGGCCCGACAUCAGUGGUGCCAAACAUUCUAUCACCGUCGUCGUCACCGGCGGCACCGGAGGCACAAUCGCCGUCACUGAUCCCGGGCAUACUACCGGAUUCGCCAUCACAGGUGCCGGACACACCAGCAGGCCCGACAUCAGUGGUGCCAAACAUUCUAUCACCGUCGUCGUCACCGGCGGCACCGGAGGCACAAUCGCCGUCACUGAUCCCGGGCAUACUACCGGAUUCGCCAUCACAGGUGCCGGACACACCAGCAGGCCCGACAUCAGUGGUGCCAAACAUUCUAUCACCGUCGUCGUCACCGGCGGCACCGGAGGCACAAUCGCCGUCACUGAUCCCGGGCAUACUACCGGAUUCGCCAUCACAGGUGCCGGACACACCAGCAGGCCCGACAUCAGUGGUGCCAAACAUUCUAUCACCGUCGUCGUCACCGGCGGCACCGGAGGCACAAUCGCCGUCACUGAUCCCGGGCAUACUACCGGAUUCGCCAUCACAGGUGCCGGACACACCAGCAGGCCCGACAUCAGUGGUGCCAAACAUUCUAUCACCGUCGUCGUCACCGGCGGCACCGGAGGCACAAUCGCCGUCACUGAUCCCGGGCAUACUACCGGAUUCGCCAUCACAGGUGCCGGACACACCAGCAGGCCCGACAUCAGUGGUGCCAAACAUUCUAUCACCGUCGUCGUCACCGGCGGCACCGGAGGCACAAUCGCCGUCACUGAUCCCGGGCAUACUACCGGAUUCGCCAUCACAGGUGCCGGACACACCAGCAGGCCCGACAUCAGUGGUGCCAAACAUUCUAUCACCGUCGUCGUCACCGGCGGCACCGGAGGCACAAUCGCCGUCACUGAUCCCGGGCAUACUACCGGAUUCGCCAUCACAGGUGCCGGACACACCAGCAGGCCCGACAUCAGUGGUGCCAAACAUUCUAUCACCGUCGUCGUCACCGGCGGUGCCGGACACACCAGCAGGCCCGACAUCAGUGGUGCCAAACAUUCUAUCACCGUCGUCGUCACCGGCGGCACCGGAGGCACAAUCGCCGUCACUGAUCCCGGGCAUACUACCGGAUUCGCCAUCACAGGUGCCGGACACACCAGCAGGCCCGACAUCAGUGGUGCCAAACAUUCUAUCACCGUCGUCGUCACCGGCGGCACCGGAGGCACAGUCGCCGUCACUGAUCCCGGGCAUACUACCGGAUUCGCCAUCACAGGUGCCGGACACACCAGCAGGCCCGACAUCAGUGGUGCCAAACAUUCUAUCACCGUCGUCGUCACCGGCGGCACCGGAGGCACAAUCGCCGUCACUGAUCCCGGGCAUACUACCGGAUUCGCCAUCACAGGUGCCGGACACACCAGCAGGGCCGACAUCAGUGGUGCCAAACAUUCUAUCACCGUCGUCGUCACCGGCGGCACCGGAGGCACAAUCGCCGUCACUGAUCCCGGGCAUACUACCGGAUUCGCCAUCACAGGUGCCAGACACACCAGCAGGCCCGACAUCAGUGGUGCCAAACAUUCUAUCACCGUCGUCGUCACCGGCGGCACCGGAGGCACAAUCGCCGUCACUGAUCCCGGGCAUACUACCGGAUUCGCCAUCACAGGUGCCGGACACACCAGCAGGCCCGACAUCAGUGGUGCCAAACAUUCUAUCACCGUCGUCGUCAUCGUCGUUACCGGGCGUACCAUCGACUUUGCCGGACGGAUUGGCAACAGGAGACUUACCAUUUGCGAAUCCAGAUUUAUUGGUGACCCCGGUGACAUCGCCGACACCUGAAAGCUCAAUGCCUAUUUUGUCUCCUGUGGACAAUUCGAUGCAUCCAUUGCCAGCUACGGAGCCCACAACAACUGAUAAAGCCGAUCAUGAGGCUACUGAUACUACUGAUAAAACCGAGGCUACUGAUUCUGCCGAGAGUACCAAGAAGACUGACAAGAUCCACAAAGUUGACUCUACCGAUACUACCCAGAAAACUGAGGCUACCGAUUCCGCUGAGAGUAUUCAGAAGACCGAGAAGAUCGAGAAAAAAGAUGAGCCUGCCGAUACUACCCAGAACACUGAUACGACCGAAAAUACUUCACCCCCGCCUGUGGUAAAACCAAAUACAGGCAUCCAGCCGGUCAUUGGUAUCGAGAAGAAUUUUGGUAUAGAGGACGAGCAGAACGAAGUCGAACAGAACGGAGUCGAACAGAACAAAGUCGAACAGAAGGAACAAGCUAAGUCAGAUGUGAUCAUGUACAACGAAUAUGCCCCGCCUAUGCUUCCGCCGAAACACCAUUUGGAUGAUCCGUUUGCAAUCCCUGACAUACCUACCGGUGUUGAGAAGGCGGUUGUGCUGAAUAUUGCGGGAGACCCUGAAAAUAAAAGCGGUCCUAAGAACGUGAUGACCUACGUGCGAGGGAAGAUGACGCCUAAGGAGGCUGAUGUUGCGGAUGCUAACGUGGUUGGUGGUCGAAACACUUAUGUGGACACGGAGAACAGCGAUGUGUUGUCAGCGUCAGCCGCGGCUUUCCACGGAUUCUUGCGUUUCGCGUCGGUCGCGUUUGCUGGUAUUUCCGUAGCAUUGCUUCUCUUUUUCCACUUCGUUUCCCUUGACGCCAACUUAUUGUGGGUUAAUGCCGCGUGGAGCCCCAAUACGUGGGAGUUCCUUUUCUAUGUGGGCUACUUGCAGCAAAUGCAGGCAACAUCGGAGCUAACGCUUCUCAAGACUCCGUACUUUUUGUUGGACUACACGGAUUCGUUUGCGUGGAGCAACUUCUUGAUCCAAGUUUUUUCUAGUGAUCAACCCGAGUCUCGUCGCUUGGAAACAAUCGUGCUUGAUGGCCUUGUAUCGUACUCUGACCGUAUUGGCAUCUCGGAGAACAGCAUUCUGGUACAAGGUGCCACUGGUUUCGCUGUGGUCAUGGGCAUCGUUCUGGUGGUCUUUUUGGUGCUGGCGGUGUUGGCCAAGCGGAAGGCAGAGCAAGCGCUUGACGAGUCCUCGGACCUAAACAGCUACACCUCUGGUGUACACCGCCUUCGCAGCGUGUCCAUCCGUGCUCUUGGAUUGUGCGUACUGAUUUGGUAUUUUGCUCUUUACCCGCUAAGCAUGCUGGCAUCUUUUGAGAUCUCGAUGGAAAAACAGGCUUCAACGGUGGCCAAUGCGCUUGUAGUGGCCAUCAUUGCGCUAGUAUUGGUGUGUUUCGGCGUGCUGGCUGUUGCUGGUCGUGUAAUCAUGCAAAAGACCAAGGAUGAGCUAGAGCAGUUCGAGAACUUAGCCACGUGGGGGUCGCUCUACUGCGAGUACACAUACCGCAGCCGGAUGUUUUUCGUGAUUGAUGUGGUGGUGCAGAUCACGACAGGCGUUCUCGUGGGCUGCUUGUCAGGUGAUCCUACCCAGCUUAUUGUGGUCAUAGCUAUCCAAGUGCUGUACCUCGCGUGCGUGUUCAUCAUGUCACCGUUCGCGGACCCAGUGGUGCUUCGAAUUACAUACGCCCUGGGUCUGCUCAAGGUCUUGAAUUUCAGUCUGGCUUUUGCUUUCCUGAACUCGAACAGUAUGUCGGCGUUGGCUCGAACGCACGUAGCUCAAGCUUACAUCGGCAUCAAUUCGAUUGUAAUUCUAGUGUGGUUCGUACGCCAGCUCAUCGUCUUCAGCACAUACAUCCGCGCGUGGAUGGUGUAUUUUAACGACGAAUCGCGCCGCAGCAACUCGGUGGUCAAGUACGUUCCGCGGACGGACACGGAGUCAGACAUGUGGGCUAGCCAGUUUAAUGGCUUCAACGACAGCAGACAGAACAAUAGCAGGCUCAACCAGUCUGUAAACUCUGCGACACUGUCGAUGCCCCCGAAUUCGAUGCAGCCGUCGUACGCGAGUUCGCCUGCGAAUUCAAUGCAGACGAACAGUCUGGUGUCUGCGCAGCAGUCAAUGGGGCCAUCGUUCGGCUCGGAGGCGCAGUUUCAGCAGCAAAUGGCUCGUAAGUACGAGAUUGAUUUUUAA